AUGGAUUACAUGAAUAGAAUUUUUAGGCCAUACUUAGAUAAGUUUGUGAUAAUAUUUAUAGAUGACAUACUAAUAUACUCUAAGACCCCAGAGGAACAUGCAAGUCAUCUUCAAAUAGUGUUGCAAGUACUUAGGGUUAGAAAACUUUAUGCCAAACCAAGCAAAUGUGAGUUUUGGAUGUCAGAAGUAAAGUUUCUUAGCCAUGUGAUCAAUAAGGAAGGAGUGGCAGUGGAUCCCUCCAAAGUAGAGGCAGUGCUAAAAUGGGAACAUCCUAGGAAUGUGACAGAGGUUUGGAGUUUCUUAGGAUUGACGGAGUACUAUAGUAGAUUCAUAAGGAAAUUCUCCCAAAUUGCCCUGCCAUUAACCAGACUGACUAGGAAGGACCAACCCUAUGUGUGGGAUCAAAAAUGUGAAAAGACUUUUCAGACUCUUAAGACCAAUUUAACCACUAUGUGUUGGUCAUACCAGAUCCAACCUUAA